AUGAAUGAAAAUAAACGAAAUCAAUGUUCAACAACAGAUGAUAAUAAAAUGAAAAAGUUCCGACGUACUUCUUAUGAAAAAUAUUCUGUAACCCGUUUUGAAGAUCUAGCAAAUGAACUUAUCUAUGAAGUUUUUAACAAUCUUGAUACUUAUCAAAUUUAUCAAAGUUUUUUUCAUCUCAAUAUACGAUUUCAAAAUCUUUGUAAACAUGCAAAUCUUUCGAUUCAAGUAGGAAUGCCAUCGGCAUCAAAAACAACAUUUCAACGUUAUUACGAUGAUUUCUUUGUAUCACUAACAGAAGAUACUACACAAUGCUCUCAACUUCAAACACUGACUCUAAGCAACAUAGAAUGUGAGUGUUUAAAAAAAAUUCUUGCAACUGCAGUAUAUUUGCCUAAUCUAUCAUCAUUAUCCAUUUGUGUUAAUUAUCUGCCUGAUAAAAUUACAAUCUACAAACUUAUAUUUCAAUUACCAGUAUUAAAAUAUUGUAAAAUGAUUUUUCGAGACUGUAGUCCCUUAAAAUUACUACCUCUGUCUACGAAUUCAUCAAGCCUUAUCGAGCGCCUUGUUAUCUCUGUUAAUUAUGAUCUAUCUAACAUUCAUACUAUUUUAUCAUAUGUUCCUCGAAUUCGUCAUUUAUCUGUUAGAUAUCACAAUCAAUCUUGUAUGCGAGAUAUACUAUUAUGUCUAGUAAUAUUCCAUGAUUUAACACAUAUAUCGAUUACUGGAGAUUUUGUGUCACCAAUAAGUAUUGAAGAAUUUGUUAAAACACAUUCUCAUCGUAUUAACAUAUUACAUGUCUCAUCAAUUUGA